AUGUCAGAAGAGACGCACCCACUUCAAAAUGAUUGGGUUCUCUGGGAGCAUAAGUCUGCUUCAGGAUCGAAAGAUCCAAGCAAGUGGAAAGAGAAUAUGGAGCAGCUCUGUGAAUUUUCAACAGUCGAACAGUUCUGGAAGUAUUUCAAUCACUUACCCAGACCCUCAGAUGUCUUCUUUGACGGCGAUUGCAGAAAAAAGGUCGGACCAGAAGGGAAAACUAUAGAAGAGUAUUCGCUGUUCAAAAAAGGGAUCGAACCUGAAUGGGGCGAUCCACAGAAUGUGAUUGGAGGAGAGUGGUUCUGCCGACAAUAUUUCGAGUUGGAUGUGCUGGAUUUGUACUGGCAGAAUCUCGUCAUUGCAGUUGUUAGUGAGACGCUUGAAGAUUCCGCUGAUGAAGAUAGAACCUUUGAAGACCACAUCAAUGGAGCCCGGGUGGUAGAUAAGUCACGACACUAUGCUAUGUACAGAUUUGAAGUUUGGAUCAACACAAGAGACCAGACAUUGAAGGAUCGGAUCCGAGAUCGUUUGGUAAAAAUUAUGACUGAUGGUCAACCCACAUCGAGAAAGACGCAACCAAAGUUUGACUGGAAGGAUCAUUCUGCUUAG